AUGGUCAAAAGUUCACUUUUGAGAGGCAUUGGAACAUGCUUCGGUUGGAACAAAAAUGGAGAAGCCAACUCCCUACACAGAGUGGCGGCUCAAAGAGAACCAAGAUGGAUCAACAGAGAUCGAGAAGCAGGACAUGAUCGCCUUUUCCAAGAUUACUUUGCAGAUGAACCAGUGUAUAAUGCUAACAUUUUCCGAUGGAGAUUUCGAAUGAGAAGAGAUGUGUUCCUUCGGAUAGUAGACGCUCUCUCAAACGUCUAUCCGUAUUUCCAACAGGGGGUUGAUGCAACUGGAAGAAGAGGCUUGUCGCCACUUCAGAAAUGUACCGCUGCGAUACGGAUGUUAGCAUAUGGCGUAGCAUCUUCAGACCUUUGGAUAUGGCAUGCGUUCUUUAGAGUUUCUGGUUCAAAUAAUGAUAUCAACGUGUUAGAUCGUUCUCCAGUGUUUGAUGAUAUUCUAAAUGACCGUGCUCUGGAGGUAAAUUAUACUAUUAAUGGUAAUAAUUAUACAAUGGGAUACUAUUUAGCAGAUGGUAUUUAUCCUGAAUGGGCCACAUUUGUCAAAUCAAUCUCAAAGCCACAAGGUGAGAAACGCAAGUUAUUUGCACAAUACCAAGAAGGGCAAAGAAAAGAUGUGGAACGAGCAUUCAGAGUGUUGCAAGCACGCUUUGCAAUUAUACAUGGUCCAGCUCGUUUUUGGGAAAAGAAAAAGUUUGCCAACAUAAUGAAAGCUUGUAUUAUAUUGCAUAAUAUGAUUGUGAGGAUGAAAGAGACAGUUAUACAGGAAAUUUUGCUCAAGGCUUAG